GUAUAGCUGGCGCACAGUCAACACUAUCAGCUAUACUUGUUGUAAUAUGCAUUUUGUCAUUAAAUUUGCUUUACAGGUUGAUGCCUCAAAUAAUAACUUUUUUCCUGUGGCAAAGAGAGAACUGAUAUAAUUUAACCUUUUAAUAUCAGGGACUGUUUACUGAUUUAUGUAUGCAUGUUGUGCCAGUGAGAAGUUAUCUAAUAUGCUGAAUGUGUUUAAAGUGUCCAGAGCAGCUUCAUCCAUGUCUUGGUUCUCGUGGCUCUUCACUCUGUCGUCCUGCUCUGCUCCAUCUGUCCUCCUUGUGGGGCUUGUUGGCAGACAGCUGGGGCUCAGGGUGGGACUGCAGGUGGUUCACACUGUGACUUGUUCUCAGUGGGGUGCACCGAGUGACAAACGUUUAUUCGAGGAUGGGGAUGUAAUCAUCGGUGGGCUCUUUAGUCUUCGUUACAGUCCUCCGGCUAUUGACCGUGAUUUCACUCAGCAGCCAGACUACAAACCUUGCUCUGGUUUGCAAAAUCUCCCACUACAGUACAUCUAUGCCAUGGUGUUUGCACUGGAGGAAAUCAAUCAUAGUACAGCCUUGCUGCCAGGUGUGAAGUUGGGAUACCAUAUUCGUGAUAGCUGCGCUCUGCCCCCUUGGGCUAUACAGGCAGUGCUGUCACUGGUUGGAGGAGACAGCAGCAGCUGUGAUACAGCAGCCCUGACUGCUGGACCUGAAGAGGAAAUCAGAAAAAUGAGAGGUGAUCAGCCAAUUCCUUUGAUCAUCGGUGGUGCCUCCUCUAUUACAGCCCAGAUACUUUCCAGAAUCCUGGGGCCACUCUCUGUACCUUUAGUGAGCUACACAGCCAGCUGCCCAUGUCUGAGCGACAGGCGCCAGUUUCCAAACUUCUUCAGAACCAUGGCCAGUGAUAUUUACCAGGCACGGGCUGUUGCCCAGCUUGCAAUACGCUUUAAUUGGACAUGGAUUGGAGCUGUGAUUGCAAACAAUGAUUAUGGCCACAUGGCAGUGAAGGUAUUUCAGGAGGAGAUUCAGGGUGCUGGGGUGUGUCUGGCAUUUGUAGAGACACUCCAAAGGGAAAAUAUUGUGAGCGAUGCCAGACGAGCAGCACUCACAAUCAAGGCCUCGACUGCGAAAGUGAUUUUGAUCUUCACCUGGUAUACAGAUGUGAGGCAGCUGUUUCUGCAACUUGACAAGCUAAAUGUGACCGACAGACAGUUUCUGGCCAGUGAGGCUUGGAGCACCAGCGGUGAUCUUCUCCAAAAUCUAGUCUCAAGUAAAGUGGCAAGUGGAGCUCUUGGUGUUGCAAUUAGAAGUUCAGCUAUACCUGGAUUUGAAAAUUUUCUCAGAAAUUUGGACCCAUCUCAUCGUCCCAGUGAUGAGUUCUUAAGAGAAUUUUGGGAAAAGGAGUUUGGCUGUAGUCCUGGGAUUGCAACUCUUCCAUUUCAUGCAAACAGGCUGCUUCGAAAAGCUUCUCUUCCCCUUUGCAAUGGCACAGAAACCCUGGAGGAUGUGCAGAAUCUCUUUACUGACACCUCUCAGCUAAGGGUGACAUACAAUGUCUACCUUGCUGUUUAUGCUGCAGCUCAUGCCCUGCACAGCCUCCUCUCCUGCCGUGACAGCGACAGUAUCUCCACCAACAUCUCCACCUGCAACUUUCCAAAAAGCAUCAAAUCCAUAGAGCUAAUGCAGCACCUGAACAAAGUGAACUUCACCACACCACAGGGUGAACCAUUUUAUUUCCAAGGGGCCGACAUUCCUGCGAAAUAUGACCUUGUCAACUGGCAGAAAACCCCCGAGGGAACACUAAAACUGGUUUUGAUUGGUCGUGUGGACGGGUUUGACUUCCAUCUUAAUAAGUCAGCUAUUCAGUGGAGCACAGGAUCCAGUCAGUGUGAUUUUGUUGCUCAGGUGCCUGUUUCAGUGUGCAGUGAAAGAUGUCCGCCAGGUACUCGGGUGGCAAACAGGAAAGGAGAACCUGUCUGUUGCUUUGACUGCAUCACAUGUGCUGAUGGGGAGAUUAGCAAUACAACUGGUUCUCUUCACUGUGAGCGAUGUCCACCUGAGUUCUGGUCCAAUGCUGAUAGAACUGCCUGCAUCGCUCGUCAGCUGGACUUCCUCUCCUUUAAUGAAACUUUGGGUAUUACCCUCACUGCAGUAGCUGUUUCUGGUGUCACAGUGACAACAGCUGUGUUUCUCGUGUUCCUUCACCACCGUCAAACACCUGUGGUGCGAGCCAACAACUCAGAGCUGAGCUUCCUGCUUCUUCUGUCACUCAAGCUCUGCUUUCUGUGCUCACUGGUGUUCAUCGGUCGUCCAGCAGUCUGGUCUUGUCGGUUCCAACAGGCUGCAUUUGGGAUCAGCUUUGUACUUUGUGUUUCCUGCCUCCAAGUCAAGACCAUCGUGGUUUUGGCAGCGUUCCGCUCAGCUCAACCCGGUGCUGAAGCCUUGAUGAAAUGGUUCGGUCCAGCCCAACAGAGAGGAAGUGUCUUCCUCUUUACCUGUGUGCAGGUUAUCAUCUGUAUCAUUUGGCUAUCAAUCAGCCCUCCGGUGCCUAAACCUGACCUGGAUGUCCCAGGCUUAAAGGUCACCCUGAAGUGUACCAUGGCCUCUGUGGUGGGUUUCUCUCUGGUUCUGGGCUACAUCGGCCUGCUGGCCUGCACCAGUCUCCUCUUGGCCUUUCUUGCCAGGAAACUCCCAGACAACUUCAACGAGGCCAAACUGAUCACCUUUAGCAUGCUGAUUUUCUGUGCCGUCUGGGUGGCCUUUGUACCUGCUUACGUUAGCUCUCCCGGAAAAUAUGCCAUUGCCGUAGAGAUUUUUGCCAUCCUCGCUUCUAGCUAUGGUUUGCUUUUCUGUAUCUUUGCUCCAAAGUGUUUCAUUACUCUUUUGAGACCUGAGAAAAACACCAAGAAACACAUGAUGGCCAGGUAGCAAAAAAAAUCAUCAUGCAUGCUGUGACUUGACUGUAAGUCAUCAAGUCAAAUUAUGAUUUCAUUAUAAACAUGAGUGCAUUUAUUUUAUUUGUAUAUUACACUGGCAUAAUGAAAUAAUAUUUUAUAUUUAAUUCGUCUAAAGUAUGUCAGUGAUAAAAUUCUGCUACUGUCUGCUAGAUAUUCUUUUAUUUGUGUGGAGGUUUUAAUGAAAUAAAAAAAAUUAUUCAAACAAAAACAAUCAAUUUUCUCUGCUUUUCCAACUAAUGACAUUUGAGUAUUCUUCUCACACUUUCUCAUGUAAUAAACCUUGCUUAAAAUGAAAACACUAAUAACCAGACUCAAAACAAUUUUCGGUGUUGUAAUUAUCAUCUGUGUAGUGUGUGUGUGGGAAAACAAGACCAUAUACCAUGGAAAUUUGUUGCUUCAUAAUGGAAUUAUGAAAUCUGAGGAUAGUUUCAAAAUAAUUACCAUUUCUUUAUAUCUAACCAGUGAUACGGAUCCUGUGCUUAACCUUGUUUGUUGUCUUUGCUGCUUGCAAUAAAGACUUUUCAUACCUAAAAUUA